GAGUCAUGGAGCUGCCAGAGAACCAGUAGACCAGAGUGGAUUUCAUAUAAAGUACACAGAGGGAGGGCUAACAUCUGACCAUAUUUUUCAACAAGAUCAGAAGUGAACAGAGGAGAAUGCACAGUAACUAUCGGCAGAGGGGGAGGAACCAGAAUUCCUCCAAAGAAAUAUCUCCUCAAACAGACUUUCCGACGGGGUGUCCCAUGGAGAACGAGCCUGGAAUUGUGUCGCCGUUUAAACGAGUAUUCCUAAAAGGUGAAAAGAGUAGAGAUAAGAAAGCCCAUGAGAAGGUGACAGAGAGGCGCCCUCUGCACACUGUGGUGCUGUCCCUGCCUGAGCGCGUCGAGCCCGACAGACUGCUGAGCGACUAUAUCGAGAAGGAGGUGAAGUACUUAGGUCAGUUAACGUCCAUACCAGGAUACCUGAAUCCCUCCAGUAGGACCGAAAUCCUGCAUUUCAUAGACAAUGCAAAGAGAGCCCACCAGCUCCCCGGACACUUGACCCAGGAGCAUGACGCUGUGAUCAGCCUGUCUGCCUACAACGUCAAGCUGGCCUGGAGGGACGGGGAGGACACCAUCCUCAGGGUCCCCAUCCACGACAUCGCCGCCGUGUCCUACGUGCGGGAUGACGCCUCGCACCUGGUGAUCCUGAAGACAGCCCAGGACCCCGGCAUCUCCCCCAGCCAGAGUGUGUGUGCAGAAAGUUCCAGAGGCCUGACCACGGGCUCCCUGUCGGAGAGCGGAGUAGGGCCUGUGGAGGCGUGCUGCCUGGUGAUCCUGGCCGCAGAGAGCAAGGUUGCCGCGGAAGAGCUGUGCUCCCUGCUCGGCCAAGUCUUCCAGAUUGUGUAUACGGAGUCCACCAUCGACUUCCUGGACAGAGCCAUAUUUGACGGGGCCUCGACACCCACCCACCACCUGUCCCUUCACAGUGACGACUCUUCCACAAAAGUGGACAUGAAGGAGCCCUAUGAGACAGAAGCCAGCACUUUCUCCUUCCCCGAGUGUGCGCACGCGGGCGGCGUCUCGCCCUUGUCCUUCUGCAUGCAGACGGCGCCCCACGCCAAGACGGUCAGCGAGAGCGAGCUGAGCGCCACGGCUGCUGAGCUGCUGCAGGACUACAUGCUCACGCUGCGCACCAAGCUGUCGUCGCAGGAGAUCCAGCAGUUUGCCGCCCUGCUGCACGAGUACCGCGACGGGGCCUCGGUGCACGAGUUCUGCAUCAACCUGCGGCAGCUGUACGGGGACAGCCGCAAGUUCCUGCUGCUCGGUCUGCGGCCCUUCAUCCCUGAGAAGGACAGCCAGCACUUCGAGAACUUCCUGGAGACCAUUGGGGUGAAGGACGGCCGUGGCAUCAUCACCGACAGCUUUGGCAGGUACCGGCGGGCCACGAGCUCCACCUCCACCUCCACCUCCAACGGGAACAGGGCCGCAGGCAGUUCCGACGACCAGUCCGCGCCCUCGGAGGGGGACGAGUGGGACCGCAUGAUCUCGGACAUCAGCAAUGACAUCGAGGCGCUGGGCUGCAGCAUGGACCAGGACUCGGCCUGACGGCGCUGGGGCCCUGCGGGCCGCCCUUCCCGCGCGGGACCCGGGGCGCAGGUAGCUCUACUGUGAAGGAGGUGCCCUGGUGCUGGGGCAGAAGCUGCGCUGCGCCCACCUGCUCUGGGAGGGGUCUCGUCAGCCAGACCCCGGACAGCUGUCAGUUUUGCACAUGACGUUUCUAUUGAAACUCUCAGAGACCUUAAAAGAAGUUUACUGCAAUGUGAAUAAUUUA